ACAGUAAAACGAUCUAAUUAUUCUCCGGCGUUGCUUUCGUUCCUUGUGGGCGAGGGGGGGAGGACACCUCGCUCGCUCAGCUCCCCGUCGGGCGCGGACGAUGCUUUCUGGAACGCCGCGAAGCCUUGAGGGAAGCGCCCAUGACGUGCCGGAUGGCGUCGUCGCCAGUCGUGUGUCGGUCGUGUGCAGCGCCGAGCGAAGCGUGACUGACUGCCGCACUCCGCUCUGAACGCUUCUUGCCGCCGCCACCGCCUCCGCCGCCGCCGCCGCCGCCGACGUCGACGUUCCGCUCCCGCCCGCCGCCUCCGCCGCUUACUGCCCCCGCCCCCUCCCCCCUCCCUCUCUCCCCCCGUGUCAAGGGCGCCUCCUCGACGCAGCAACGAUCCCGCAGACAGUGCUGAGGAUGUAACGCGACCGCGGGGGAAUCCGCUGCCGAGAUUCGCGUGAAAAAGUUCGACUCCCCAAAAACACGCCCAGUGACAACGCGAGUGAAUCAGUGCCUUCAGAAGAAAAAAACAAAACAAAACAAAACAAAACAAAAAAAAAUCUGAACAACAACAAAUAAGUGACCAAAGAAAAUUAAAAAAAGAGCCCAAAAAUUAUAUAAACAAAACAAAACCACAACAAAUAUACACGUGUGCCCCCAAAACACAGGACCAAAAACUAAUUGAUGUAAAGCUGCCCGAGAGACCUCAACGCCGCCCGAGUGAAAUUAGAAAAGGAAAACGAAGAGACAAAAGUUUUAAAAGUUGACUGAAGGGAAACGCGCCUGUCUGCCAGCAAGAUGGGGGUUCCAGAAGCUCCUUAUGUCAAGGUCAAGACGCCCAAGCCGGUCACGGAGGGAAGAAGGAUCCGGAAGCCCAUCAUGGAGAAGAAGCGUCGCGACCGCAUCAACAGCUGCCUGGACGAGCUCUCCGCCCUGCUGCAGGAGGAGCGGAUGGUGAAGGCGAAGACGGGGAAGGCCGCCAAGCUGGAAAAGGCUGACGUUCUGGAGCUGACGGUGAGGUACUGGCAGAGCGUCAUGGGUGUCAGGACGCGUGGCAGCUCGCCACAGCUCCCCGGGGAGUCUGGCGCGGAGAGCGGAUACCUCAAGGGUUAUAAGCACUGCAUAAGCAUGGUGGAUUCUCUGCUCGGCGACUGCAAGGAGGGCGGCACGGAAACCUUCCGCGAGGGCCUGCUGAAGCACCUGUCGGAGCGGGUUCAGAUCCUCUCUCCCGGCGAGGAGGAGAAGAAGUCGGAGGGCGAGAUGGACAGCGACUUGGCCAAAGCCUCGGCUCAGACCACGUCAGGAGGCGAUACUCAGUCCCUCGCUCUCAUCCCGACGCUGCUCCCUGACGGCGCUCUGGCACUUCUCCUGCAGGAGGGCUUUGCCACCACCGCCUACGAGAGCCACAGCGAGACCGAAGACGAGCAGACGGGGGACCAGAAUCGUCCUUCCCUCCAGCUGAAGCCUAAUCAGGAAGCGAAGCCCUUGAUCUUUCCACCGAUGAAUCCGGCGAGGGACGCCAACGACGCGCUUAACCCACGUCUAGCGAGAAGCCAACACGAAGCAGGAGAGAGCAGAGAAGGGCCGCUGGUCAUGGACUCCCUCGACAAACAGUACAAGACUCCUACGGCAGAUUCCACCGAUCACGGGAGUCCUAUGGAGGAGGGACUCGUCUUGGAUGGCACACACCACGACUUCGGGGGUGCCACGCCGAUGGACACGUGCUCUGACCUCAUGUGGCGGCCGUGGUAGAGGGACGCUGAUCGCCUCGACAGCCUGAUGCAUGACCAGAACAUUUGUUCGCUAUUAGAUGCUAUAUACUACAGCCUAUCGAUGUGUUUGCUAUACGAGCCAGUUAUAGAUUUUGUUUAUGUUAUAACCAGUCAAUAAAGCGAUAUAAUUCA